AUGUUCAGCUGGCUAGGCUCUGAUGACAGGAGGAAGGAGCCAGAGGUUUUCCAGACUGUAAGUGAGGGACUCAAAAAACUGUACAAAACCAAGCUGCUGCCUCUGGAGGAGAGCUACAAGUUUCAUGAAUUCCACUCCCCUGCUCUGGAGGAUGCUGACUUUGACAACAAGCCCAUGGUCCUCCUGGUGGGGCAGUACUCCACAGGCAAAACCAGCUUCAUACGCUACCUGUUGGAGCAGGACUUUCCCGGAAUGCGGAUCGGCCCUGAACCCACCACAGACUCUUUUAUCGCGGUGAUGCACGGCGACACGGAAGGCGUCGUCCCUGGCAACGCUCUAGUGGUCGACCCCAAGAAACCCUUCAGGAAACUCAACGCAUUUGGAAACGCAUUUCUCAACAGAUUUGUUUGCGCACAGCUGCCUAAUCCCGUUCUGGAAAGCAUCAGCGUCAUCGACACUCCAGGAAUCCUGUCGGGAGAAAAGCAGAGAAUCAGCCGAGGCUACGACUUUGCCGCUGUGUUGGAGUGGUUCGCAGAGAGAGUGGACCGGAUUAUUUUACUGUUUGACGCUCACAAACUGGAUAUUUCAGAUGAGUUUUCGGAGGUGAUAAAAGCCCUGAAAAACCAUGAGGACAAAAUAAGAGUUGUGCUGAACAAGGCUGAUCAGAUCGAGACACAGCAGCUCAUGAGAGUGUAUGGAGCCCUGAUGUGGUCUUUGGGGAAAAUAGUCAACACGCCAGAAGUGAUCCGAGUCUACAUUGGCUCCUUCUGGUCCCACCCCCUCCUCAUACCUGACAACAGGAAGCUGUUUGAGGCCGAGGAGCAGGACUUGUUCAAGGACAUCCAGUCUUUGCCGAGAAACGCAGCCCUCAGAAAACUCAAUGAUCUGAUAAAGAGGGCGAGACUGGCCAAGGUCCAUGCCUACAUCAUCAGCUCCCUGAAGAAAGAAAUGCCCUCAGUUUUUGGAAAAGAUAACAAAAAGAAAGAGCUGAUUGCGAGUCUGGGCGACAUUUACAAACGCAUCGAGAGGGAGCACCAGAUCUCUCCUGGAGACUUCCCUAAUCUCAAGAAGAUGCAGGACCAACUUCAAGCACAAGACCUGAACAAAUUUCAGCCGCUGAAGCCCAAACUCCUGGAGGCAGUGGACGACAUGCUCGCCCACGACAUCGCCGGCCUCAUGGUGCUCGUCCGACAAGAGGAGAACCAGAGACCCAACCCUGUGGUCAAAGGAGGGGCCUUCGACGGCACGCUGCACGGCCCGUUCGGUCACGGCUAUGGAGAAGGGGCGGGAGAGGGCAUUGAUGAAGCAGAGUGGGUCGUGGCCCGUGACAAACCAGCCUACGAUGAGAUUUUCUACACCCUGUCCCCUGUAAAUGGGAAGGUCACCGGCGCCAAUGCCAAGAGAGAAAUGGUUAAGUCAAAACUGCCCAAUACAGUCCUAGGGAAAAUCUGGAAGCUGGCAGAUAUCGAUAAAGACGGGAUGCUGGAUGAUGAAGAGUUUGCGCUGGCCAAUCAUCUCAUCAAAGUCAAACUGGAGGGACACGAACUGCCCCCGGAUCUGCCCGCGCAUCUGGUGCCGCCAUCCAAGAGGAAAAUACAAGAGUAG